AAAAAAGAGAGAUUAAAAGAGAAAGGUUAAAAGAAAGAUCAGGAAGAUUCUUUCAAGUCCAAAAAAGUGAGAUUUUGAGAACACCCUCUUUGCAACAAAAAAUCCUAUCUUAAAGUCUAACUAGUUACUGUCCCUAGCUUCCACACACUACUAUACCAAAAAUCCAAUCUUAGAUCGUCUUACUGCGUCGAUGUAUAUACUAUACGGAGAAAAAAAAAAAAAAAAUUAAAGAAAAGGAAAACACAUAUAGGAGACGAUCAAGAACGUGUGUGUGAAUAUGGGUAGACCACCGUGUUGUGAGAAGAUCGAGGUGAAGAAAGGACCAUGGACUCCCGAAGAAGACAUAAUCUUGGUCUCUUAUAUUCAACAACACGGCCCUGGAAACUGGAGAUCUGUUCCGACAAACACCGGUUUGCUAAGGUGUAGCAAGAGUUGUAGACUCAGAUGGACUAAUUAUCUUCGUCCUGGGAUCAGACGAGGAAAUUUCACUCCAUCCGAAGAGAAGAUGAUCAUCCAUCUCCAAGCUCUUUUGGGUAAUAGAUGGGCAGCUAUAGCAUCAUAUCUACCUCAGAGGACCGACAAUGAUAUCAAGAACUUUUGGAACACGCAUCUUAAAAAGAAACUCGUGACGACGAAGCUUCAAAACGGUUUCAUCAACGAAGACAAAACUAAUAUGGCGACAGAGAUUUCAUCUUGUAAUAACAACAACAAUAGAUGUAAUCACAACAAAAGGAUCACCAACAAAGGACAAUGGGAGAAAAAGCUUCAAACAGACAUCAACAUGGCCAAACAAGCCUUAUUCCAAGCCUUAUCACUUGACCAACCAUCUUCAUCGAUCCCUCUCGAUCCGGACGACUCACCAAAAUCUAAUCAUCAUUCUGCCACUGAUACGUAUGCCUCAAAUACAGAGAACAUCUCUAAGUUACUUCAGAACUGGACAAGCUCAACAUCUUCAAGGCCCAACACUUCAUCACUAUCCAUUAAUAGGAGCUCAAGCACAGGUGAAGAAGGAGUUUUUGAUCAUCACUCUUUGUUCUCGUCGAACUCAGAAUCUGGAUCAGUUGAUGAGAAGCUGAAUUUGAUGCCGGAGACAAGUAUGCUCCAAGGUGAGAGCAAGACAAGCAUAGACAUGGAAGCUACUGCUGAUAACCAAGGCUCGUUGUCUUUGAUCGAGAAAUGGUUGUUUGAUGAUCAAGGCUUGGUUCAGUGUGGUGAUAAUCAAGAAGGUAUCAUCGAUGUGUCUUUAGAGGGUGAGAAGAAUGACAACAACAGUCCAGAUUUGUUCUAAGAAAAUAAUACAUGAAUUAAGCAACUGUAUAGGUUUACUUCUUUUUCUUUCUUUUGUCUGUUCGCUAUGAUUGUUAGUUACAUAUUAUUUUACAGUGUGGCUUGCUUCUUAUCAAGUCGAUGAAGAUAAAAACUGUUACUAUAUGAAAGUAA